UCUUCUCGUUUUCUCCCCAGAUUGCCUUGGGUCCCCAGUGUUUACACCCAUCAAGGCGGACAUAAGUGGCAACAUCACGAAAAUCAAAGCCGUGUAUGACACCGACCCGGCCAAGUUCCGGACCCUGCAGAACAUCCUGGAGGCAGAGAAGGAAAUGUAUGGAGCAGAGUGGCCCAAAGUGGGGGCCACGCUGGCGUUGAUGUGGCUGAAAAGAGGCCUCCGCUUCAUCCAGGUCUUCCUCCAGAGCAUCUGCGACGGCGAGCGAGACGAGAACCACCCCAACCACAUCCGCGUCAAUGCCACCAAGGCCUACGAGAUGGCCCUCAAGAAGUACCAUGGCUGGAUUGUGCAGAAGAUCUUCCAGGCAGCGCUGUACGCGGCACCCUAUAAGUCCGAUUUCCUGAAAGCGCUCUCCAAGGGCCAGAACGUGACCGAGGAGGAGUGCCUGGAGAAGGUCCGCCUCUUCCUGGUCAACUACACGGCCACCAUCGAUGUCAUCUAUGAGAUGUACACCAAGAUGAACGCCGAUCUCAACUACAAGGUGUAGGCGCACCCAGCGGCGGGCACACCGGGCCGCCCGCCGCCCCGCGCGGCCACGCGCAGAAACAAACCAGAAUCACUGUGAAUCCAGCUGGCAGGCCGCCCUUGGCCUGCUUCCCCCAGAGCCGCCCGGAGCCUGGCUGAGGUCUGCAGGGGACGGCCCUGGUUUCUGAAGUCAUUUUUGGGAUCUGUCAUAAUGGAGCAAUAAAUAACCAUCCUACUUCUGAAUCACCCUUGAAUUUCACAGCAGCACAAACUGACUAUACCUUCAUUUCCGUGUGUAAAAAUCCAUUAAUGUUGCUAAUACAUCGAGUCCUAGGGUUUUUUGGUUUCUCCCUCCCAACCCCCUGUAGUGCAUGACUCUGGGGGAGCCCUGUCAUACACCUCACUUUAAAAAUGAGGAUCUGGUGCAGUGAUAUUUCAGGUAGUUUAAGGACCAUGAGGAGUUUGAUUUGAAAUUAUGCAGAACCCCUAUUGUGGGUUUGUUUCUUGUUUGUUUUUUUAAAGCAACCCCGUGAAUGUUCUCAUGUGGUUGCCCAGCCCAGCCUCUCAGCACUGUCAUUAUAGACUCUGCUCUUUCCUACUGUCUUCUUCCAGAUAAUUUUUUAUAGUUGAAAACAACCAGCAAGCCUUUGAUGACCGUGACCAAGGAGAUUUUAUUUUAAAGCUAUCAGGUACAAAUAAUUGACGUGAAUUUGCAUGAUUCUUCUGCAUAAUUAUUUUCUUCAGGGACAGCCUUUCCAACCUAAGAAACUACCUACAUGUAUAUUCUCUCAGGGGGGACACUGAGCCCUCCAAAUACUGAGACCCAAGGACACACCUUGCUGCCUUAACUGUCUUUCCUGGCUCUAACAAGAGCUGUAUUUUUGAAAGUGUUGGAGUAAAUAGAGGACCCCCCCAAAGAAUUGAUGCGUGUUAAAAACUCAAUGAGGAACAAUUGGUGAUUUUUAUGCAGACGCUAAAUAAUUCUUAAUAAAUAAAUCUCUAUUUUGGAAUCA